AGGAAAGAGCUAAAGAGAAAUGGCAGAGACAGCAUGAUAUGGAUUUAGAUACGAUCAGAACAAGUGACCUCUUUGAAAGAGUAGGAAUGAGGAAUUGUACAUCAGAUGUGGACAGACAGACAUUCACUGCUUUUAAUAUAGGUUGAUUAGUGGUCACUGCAGGCUGAAUGCUCACUUGGCUAAAUUUGACGAGAAGAUAUCAGAAGAGUGUCAUAACUGUAAAUGUAGAGAAGACAUUGAUCACUUCCUGUUCCACUAAGUAUCAUGUUUGAAGGUCUGUCAGCCUGGUUUUCAUCCAGUGUUAGCAGGAAGGUUAAGAAGAUAUGGGUGAAAAAUGGUGGUAGAGUGACUUCUGUAGAAGAUGCACAAUAUAUUUUCAGUCAGGAUACAGAAUCUCCAGACACACAAAGUAUUUUUGAGAGUGAAGCAUAUCUUGAAGAGCAUUUGGCUGUAUUUCACCCUAACUAUAUCAAAGAAUGUGUUAAACGUGGCCAUAUUGAACAAGUGACGUUGGGAAAAUAUUUCUUUCCUCCAGAAGAUGUACAAGCAAUUGCCAGAGAACAGCUACAGUACCAAUGGGACCUGGAUGGGAAUACAUUAGAUGAAGAUGUUACCAAUUCUUCUGAUGAAGAACCAACUCCACCUACCAGAGGGUUAAACAAAUCCAAAAAUCAAGGAAGCAAUAACAUGGCCAUAGAACAUUCUGCGCAACCACCAGGUUGUAGCAAAGACACGAUACAGAAUCAGUCAAAUAGGUCUAGUGAAGCACAUGUGAGAGACAAGGGAAGUAAUGUUGUUCAUACACAAGGCAGUCAGAGUUGUCGGGGAGAGUCAUCUGGUUUUGUUCAGUCUGACAAUCAUAAAGAACAUGAAAGAAAGUCGCCACGGAGAAGUUCAAGACAGAAGGAGAACAUUACUGAAUCAAAGUCAGACAGACAUGACAACAGCAAGUUUCAAACAGAUUCAGGUCAUAAACAUGUUUCAAAUGAACAAAAGAUUAAAAGCAGUUAUAUGAAUAAAAGUGUAACAGGUCAGACAAAUGCAAGAGCUGCACUCAACAAUAAUUGUGAUGAACACAAAGAGACAGCAGGAAGUAGAAUUGGAACUAGAGCAAGUAAAAAGAUAGGAAGUGAAAAUUGCCUUUCAAAGAUUGAGGAUAUUAAUGGCUCAGAAAUAGUGAGACUUGAAGAAAUGGCUAAAGUUACAGGUGACCUACAAGACUUUGUUGUUGGAAAGAGUGGCUGUGAACUUGUAAAGAUCUGCUGAAAUACAUUGGAGUUUGUAAUUGUAGCAAACAGCUUUAAACUGAUCAUAUUCUACUGAUAAACAUUGUGGCUUGUUAUUUAAAGAACGACUUUGAACUUGUAAAAAUCUGGUUGUUUGUAACUGGAACUAGCAGCUUUAAGCUAGUCAUCUACUUAUAAACAUUGUAAUUUGUUAUUUGAAAGAAUGUGAACAUGUAAAGAUCUGCUGAAAUUU